CCCGUCUGCUCCCCGCCCCUCCAGAAAAAGGUCUCCAGGGAGUUGGUGAAGCUCUGGCCCCUCCUGUCCCACAUUGCUGCGACUUUGUGCCCUCCUCUGAGUUAUCUGUACCAGCCACUGGCAAGCAGCGUCUCGUACGCACGCAGUCUUUGGCUGUCUAGUAUCAGCAAUGGGCGCCGCGGCCUCUUCCGCUCUGACUCGCCUCCGCUUUGCACUUCCAGCCUCGGCGCAGCCCAGGGCCGCCUUGCUUGGGGCUGCGGCUCUGGGGCUGGCUGCCGUGGCGGCGCUGGGGGCCGCUGCCUGGAGCACUAGGGGUCGCAGGUGGAGGCGGCGGCGACACCGGCGGCUGCAGCAAGUGGGCACCGUGGCUCAGAUCUGGAUCUACCCCAUCAAGUCCUGCAAGGGGGUGACUGUGAACGAGGCUGAUUGCACCGAAAUGGGCCUACGUAGCGGCCGCCUGAGGGACAGGUUUUGGCUGGUGAUCAAGGAGGAUGGCCACAUGGUCACUGCAAGGCAGGAGCCUCGCCUGGUACUGAUCUCCAUAACAUGGGACAAUGACCAAAUGACCCUCAGUGCUCCAGAUAUGAAAGAUCUGGUUGUACCUAGUAUACAACCAUCUACCAAUGCUAUUCGAAACUGCAGGGUAUUUAGUGUUGACAUUCAGGGUAGAGACUGUGGAGAUGAAAUAGCUCAAUGGAUCACCAGCUUCUUAAAAUCAGAAACAUUUCGACUGGUUCAGUUUGAGACCCACAUGAUGGGAAGAAAGUCAAAAGAAAUUUUCCAACCUUUUAUUCAGAAUUACCAGGUGGCUUAUCCUGAUUGCAGUCCCAUAAUGAUGAUCUCAGAAGCUUCCCUGUCGGAUCUGAACACCAGGCUUGAGAAGAAAAUCAAAAUGGAACAGUUUAGACCGAAUAUCGUGGUGACUGGUUGCAGUGCUUUUGAGGAGUUGGUGACUGGGCACAUUUGCUUAACUCUUUCUUGGCUGUGUUGCAGAUGUAUCAUGACAACAGUGGAUCCAGACACUGGGAUCAUCACUAGGAAAGAGCCUCUGGAAACCCUGAAGAGCUACCGCCUCUGUGAUCCGGCGGAGAAGCAUAUAUACAAGACAUCCCCACUCUUUGGAAUGUAUUUUUCAGUGGAAAAAACUGGAAGCCUAAAAGUGGGUGACCCCGUGUAUAUGAUAACUCAGUGAUGGAAAUCCUGGAGGUGAAAAGUGCUGCAUAGCUGAUAUGGUUACAGGACGGAAAAGGGAUUGACCAAGAUCAUACAGCAGCAUCUCGGCAGAUCUCAUAAAACUUUUCGAUAGAUUUGUCUUGGAAAAACCUUUUACUAUUUUUGACACUUAUGUUCUAUAUGUUAAUGAAAUAAAAGGAAUAAGUAUUGCAGGAGAUGGAAUAGAUGAAGAAGAAAUAAUAAUAAUAAUAGGCUAA